AUGACCCAAGAAUUUGAAAUGACAGAUAUAGGGCUAAUGUCAUAUUAUCUUGGCAUUGAAGUGAAGCAGUUAGAGGAAGGAAUUUUCUUCUCUCAAGAACGAUAUACUAGAGAAAUUCUAGAGAAGUUUAAUAUGAUGAAUUCUAAGCCUGUCGCAACUCCGAUUGAAACUGGGACCAAACUGUCCAAACAUGAAGAAGGAGAUGAUGUUGAUCCUUCAUAUUUCAAAUAUUUGGUUGGGAGUUUAAGAUAUUUGACUUGCACACGACCAAAUAUUCUUUUCAGCGUUGGAUUGGUGAGUCGAUUUAUGGAAUCUCCUACAACUACUCAUUUGAAAGUGGCAAAGAGAAUUCUUCGUUACUUCAAAGGUAUGCUUAACUAUGAGUUGUUUUAUUCUUCAUCUAAAGAAUUCAAGCUCGAAGGCUAUUGUGAUAGUGACUGGGCUGGAGAUACUAAUGAUCGAAAGAGCACUAGUGGAUAUGUUUUCUUCAUUGGCAAUAUUGCAUUUACAUGGAGUUCUAAGAAUCAACCUAUUGUGACAUUAUCCACUUGUGAGGCAGAAUACGUUGCUGCAGCUUCAUGUGUUUGUCAUGCAGUUUGGUUAAGAAAUAUGUUAAAGACAGUUGGAAUUUUGCAAGAUGAUCCAACUGUGAUUCAUGUAGACAAUAAGUCAACAAUUGCUUUAGCAAAGAAUCCUGUGUUCCAUGAUCGUAGCAAACACAUUGAUACAAGAUUUCACUUCAUCAGAGAUUGCAUUUCAAGGAAGGAGGUUCAAGUUGAAUAUGUGAAGACUGAAGAUCAAAUUGCAGAUAUUUUUACGAAGACACUCAAAGUGAGAGGAACAAUCCAUGGAUCUAAAUUUGUUGUGCUCAUUGAUUGUGGAGCAACACACAAUUAUGGAGUGAUCCUAGGCUACGGUGCUGCUGUCAAGGGAAAGGGUGUGGAAGAAGUUAAAAUCAUGCUGAAUGACUAG